AUGCGCCCCAGGUCCCUCGGGAAUUCCACUCGAGGCCUCCGUUUAUACUCCCAAGCAGCCGCACACACCCCGGCAACCCCGAACAGCCUCUACUAUAACAACAUGACCCGAACAAGCAACGACAUGCUCGAGGAGCGCGUGCUCCAGAAACGAGCGCGCCAGAAAUCCGCCAUCCCCGCCGCAUGGCAUCUGCCCAAGGUGCCAUCCCCCGAGACCGGAUUCAAUGCGCUCGAGUUCAUCCGCCAGAGCACGCUGCUGUCCCCGAAGGAGCGGGAAAUCACCGAAACUACCGACGCAAAGAUCCUUCUGGAUCAAUUGGCCGCGGGCGAGUUGUCUUCUGUGGAUGUGACUACGGCGUUUUGCAAGAGAGCUGCUCUCGCGCACCAAUUGACGAACUGCUGCACGGAAAUCUUCUUCGAUGAGGCUUUGGAGGCUGCGCGCCAUGCGGAUGCGCAUCUUGCGAAGACGGGCAAGACUCUGGGCCCGCUGCAUGGAUUGCCUGUUUCCAUGAAGGAUCUUUUUCGGAUUAAGGGCCAGGACUCGACUAUUGGUUGGAUUGGGCUGGUUGGAAAACCUGCUGUGGAAGAUGGACCGACAACGCAGGUGAUUCGACGACUCGGCGGUAUUCUCUAUGUCAAGUCGAGUAUUCCGCAGUCGAUGAUGAUGUCCGACUGCUACAACCACCUCUUCGGCCAAUGCGUCAACACCGUCAACACGAGGUUUAUUUCCGGCGGCAGCUCCGGCGGCGAGUCGUCUCUAGUCAGCGCCCAGGGCAGUAUCGUGGGCAUUGGGUCGGAUCUUGGUGGAUCUGUGCGGAUUCCCGCGGCACUGUGUGGUGUGUAUGGGCUGUCGCCGACGACCAGCCGCCACCCAUACGAGCAAUCGGGGUGUGUCCUUGACAGUCCCCGUCAGAGUAUCGUGCCCUCAACUGCCGGCCCUAUGACAACCAGUCUCUCCAGCAUCGAGGCAUACAUGAGCGCACUCGCUCAGAUCGAGCCGUGGCACUUCGACCCGGGGCUGAUCCCCGUGCCCUGGCGCUCGGAGCUGUGCACCACGAAAAAGCGACUGAGAAUCGGAUAUGUCGUCGAUGACGGCGUCGUCAAGGUGCAGCCGCCUGUGGCGCGGGCUGUCAAGAAGGUGAUUGCGGCGCUGCAUGAUGCGGGACAUGAAGUCUUCGAAUGGGACGCCCGAUCGCACGGCUACUGCUACGACAUGUGGGAGCGCGGCAUCCUCUCCGACGGAGGCGAAGGCGCGCGCAAGAUGAGCACGCUCAGCGGCGAGGCUCUGGUUGAGGGAAUGUUGGUGGGCACGGAGAAGGAUCUGAUGAAUACGAGUGAACUGCACAAGCUCCAAUUCGAUAAAGCCAUGUACGAGCGCGAAUACCUCCAGCGCUGGACCGACUCCGGCGUCGACGCCCUAAUCAUGCCCGUCACCCCGUGGGUCGGCUAUCCACCCUGGACCUGGGUGAAGAGCCACCAGUAUGUGGGUUACACGUCCGUGUGGAACUUUGUCAACUAUGCUGCUCUCACGAUGCCCAUUACCACGGUGAAUCAGACCGAGGACCAGGGUGAUGAGGCGUGGCGCGACCAUGUGCCGAGGAAUGCUUCGGAUGAAUUCAAUCAUAAGCAAUAUAAUGUCGAUUCGGUCGAGGGCCUACCCGUCGGGGUGCAGGUUGUUGGCGGCAAAUACGGGGAAGAGAAGUGUAUUGCUGUUGCGAAGGUUAUUGAAUCCCUGCUGAAAUGA